ACCCCCCCCAUCGUUAGCGGGGUUACUGUGAUAUGAAUGCUCUCUGUCACCAGCAGUCUGUAGUGGAUGCCCGACAGCCCCGUCUGUCAUGACUGACCCUCUACCGUCGGUGGCAUGAGCCAAUUAAUACUCCUUUUGUCCACAGUCCAGGAAUUUCCGUCAUGGAGCUUUCACCACCACUAAGUGAUUCGGCGUUUCAGGAGACAGACUCGACUGAGGGGCAGGCUGCCUUCUCGCUGGAUAUCGGACUGGCUCCCGUUGGUGACCAGGGGAGCGCAUAUCACUUCAAAAACGACCCAUCUGACCCAUUACAACGAAAGAACUGGACCGAACGCAAGAAGGAGGUUGACAUCCGCGCAUCAUGCCUUGACAUUGUCCAUGGACUGCUCGCUCAGGAGCAGCCUGUCUUCUGCACACUGUUGGUGCUGGAGUUCCGCUUCGACCCGCGUAAGCAUGGACGCCGUAUUCUGUCGGCCGAUAUUGAGCUCCGAUUCUCCAGCGAUAGCGGCUCCGACCCCGAAGUCGCCCGUAUUUCGCCCAUUGGCCGCCUCAGCCUUGUGCCCUCAAACCAGGAGGAGGUCACGACGCAUGCGACCGAACUCUCUGCAGGUUCGGCCGCAUCUCUGCCGGUUGAUUUGGGAGUAUCGUGGACGUGGUCCAAGGCAGUCACCAAGACAGUCAGCGAUGCAGCCACCGUGAUCGGGUCUAUCGACACUCUAGGUCGCACCUGGGGCAAGAAGAACAGCGCUUCUUGGACCUUGAUGGAAAACCGCAUGACCAAGACGGGGAUUCCCUCGUGCAUGAGAGCUGCCAUCCUCCUCUAUCGCGAGGACGAAGAGCCUUUCAAGUGCGAUUUCACCAUCAAGGCCAAGACAGACUGGCAAACAUCGCUGAGAAACCUGCUCGGGUCGACACCGCCCGACGACCCGGUCCUGUUUGAUCCCACGCUGGCCUCGACCAACAACCUGCGGGUAUGGGACGAGUUGGCUUUGGGUUCGCUCGAUAUCGAUUCAUUGUCCGACAUUACUCAUUCGACUAUCCUUGAAAGUGCGACUAAGAGAGUUGGUUAGGUGUGUUGGAAAGAAAUGCACGGCAUCUUUCUUGACACGGAAUGAUUGACAAUGAGCUACCGUUAGUAGCAGGUUAAAUUCUUGGGCAUCAUAAUAAGAGAGGAAUGAGCAACUGCACGGGGUCUUCUGUAUUUUCGGCUCGGCCCCUCGAACUUGAACCUGCACUCAUCUUCCAAUCAAGCAAAACACCAGCACAUUCAUCUACGUACUGUCGGGUGUACUCCGUAGAGGUUUUUACUUUUUACCAUGUUGCAUUCCCCCUGCCCUUUCAGCUUUGGCUUUGGUUAGAUCUACCCCAAUGUUGGGCU